AUGUCGCCACCAGAAAACCGCCUAAGCGAGCAUUCCGUAUUCCACGAUACAAGCACGCCAUCUCCUCACCCCUACCAUGUGUUCGAAGAGGCAGUCUCCAAGUACGGAGCCCGAGAGGCCGUCGUUGCUCUGCAUCAAGAGCCGCAUCUUUACGCCGAUUCCCUGAACAAGGAACCCUCCAAGGGCCCUGGCCUUCGCUGGACGUACAAGUCUUCCCAAGGGCUGCCCACACACACAUCAAUCGCUCGCAACCGUGUUCGACUUCCGCCGGCCGCUUUGGGAAACGGGCCCCGAGAGUCGAGCAGCGAAUUUCAUGCCCAAUAA